AUGGCUAGCACCAGCAGUAUACCUAGUAUACAUUUGAAUGGCCAGCCAGCUAUAGUACCUACUGAUUAUGAAGAGACAUAUGAGAUAGACAAUACAGGGAACCUUCAUAAACAAGGAGAUAUAAAAAUAGAAGAAGAUGACAAUAACAUAUACAACUUUAAUGAUAAUCAACAGAAAUAUCAAGAAAAUGAACAAGAAACUCCCCAAAAAAAGUCAAGAGAAAGAAAAAGAAGCAAAAAUGACCUAAAAGAAAACAUAAUAAAGAAACAAGCUAUAAGAAACAUAGAAAGCGAGCAAAAUAACUCUAAAUUCAUCAGAAAAAGGAAAGUAUCUAAUGAAAAAAGAACACAUAAAAAUAGAAAUAAAGAAACCUGGCAAGAAGCCAAAGAAAGAGACAAUCAAAAACUUAAAGAAGAAUACAAACAAAUACAAGUACAAAAAGAACAAAAAUGGCAAGAAAAAAAAAGUAAACUAAAUGAACAAUAUAAAGAACAACCAUAUAAUCAAAAAGGAUUAGAAAUAGGAAUAGAUGAAGGCUCACAAUCACUAUUUAUAAGACCUACAUCAGGACGAUUUAGCAUACCAAUACUACUAAAAGAUGAUUAUUAA